CAUGCAGUUGAAGUGGAGCAAGGUCUUCGCAAAUGCACCAGACCCGCGACGCGUCCACCUCUGCAGCAAACUACCGGCUGUGCAGCCCCCGCGGAUAGCUUGUCCGUAAAUUGGCGUGUAUCGGUGCCUUUCAGCGAAAAGUCGAAGUAAGAAUUGCGUAAAGUCACCUCCUCGAUGCACAGAGUAUUGUAUCCAAGGAUUUGGCGUAGCUCGUGAGUUGUCACGCGUGGACGAGCGGGCAUCACGGUUCAAGAUCAGCCAUUUCAGGAACGAUCAUCUAGGUCGGCGUCCGGAGUUUGUGUGCAUCUUCGACGUGCGCCUUCCAGGACACAAUCACAGCCCGGCGGCUCAGAAGAACAUCGUGUUGGGUGACACCGACAUCAGUGUGGUCAUCAGAGAGAGAGUGACUAGCGACACUCCGCUAGAACCUAGCCCAGUCACGCGUCUCCUGAGUUCUGGAAGUCACACUGUGGCGGGAGGACGACAGCCGCACAGCAUCUAGCUUAUCCCAGUUGCUCCAGUUCUACGAGGCAUUUCCAUAUGUUUCUUGCUGUCUGACUUCAGUUCUUCCAGACGAGCGCAUCCGGCAGUGCCUCAGUGGAGAGUGCGGCAGAGAGCAGGUUUUGUCGAGUUAGGCAAUCAACUUCUACCUGACCGUGUUACAUUCAGUGUGUCGGUGGAGUGACCAAGAGUAUACGCCAAGGUUGUGUGUCGCUUGUCGCGACAAAGGGCACCAGAGUCCAGCCUAAACCCGUAGUGAGGCGAGUGUUCCUCAUCGCUGCUUGGACGCAGUGCUUUGCUGAUCAUGUGAGCAGCUAGCAGGCCUCUUUGGGAGGAAAUACUAGCAUUGGACGACUGCUUGCUUCUCGUGUGAGUGUGGAGGUGAAACUGUUACUCAACCACGUGCAGAGUUGUCGAGAAAGGUGUACGGAAAGGAGUUUUGUAUUCUCAGUUUGCACACGUGCGCAGUUUUUUUCCGCCAUGAAGACAAGCAGCGUCGCAACGCCUCGGCUAGCAUCCUUUGAAGGCCGCUCGUGCCGAUUGCAGUGCUUCGGAGGCCAACGCAUAAUACUGGCUUCGCUCCGGAUGAGAUGGGUGCUAACGGCGUUGCUGGUCUCUGGAUUUCUUCUCGCCUCCUGCCCGCAGACGUUAGCACAAAACGACAGAGAAACAUGUACUGAGAGUCAGGAGGUACAAUGCGACCCGGCCGCGACCUGCCUACCUUUAGGCCCGAUUGAUUUUGCGUGCACUUGCCGAGAAGGGUUCACCGGCAGUGGCUUAGAUUGCCAGGGUCUGACCUGCACGCGGCCAAUAAUUCCGAACUCGCGUAUCUCGCAGAGUCAGCAGCUGUUCGAGAGAAACGAUCGCCUGGACUACUCCUGUGACAGUGGGUACAGCCCUGUAUUCCACUCGGCCCUGUGUGAAUAUGGCGACGUGUGGUCACCAGAACUAGUAAAAUGCACGGAUGUGGAUGAAUGUAGUGAGAAUACUCAUACAUGUGUAGCACCGGCAAACUGCAUAAACACAGUCGGCAGUUUUCAAUGUGACUGUGGUGUGGGCUUCAAGAGCAACGGCACACACUGCAUUCCUACUGAUGAGACAUGCGUGCAGCCGUCAACAAAGAAUGGAAGGUGGAUUAUCACACCGCCGCCAGUCGGAAUGCAGCCUUCACCAUUCGGCAGCCUGGCCACGCUGGAAUGUCUCGGCGGGUUCGGAGCAACGGACAACUUUGAGCUGACGUGUGACGAUGCAGGACGGCCUGAAUGGCUGCAAGUGGCUGCAGAGGAGAAUCAGUGCUUGGAUAUAGAUGAAUGCGCUGGCAGCGACCAGACAGUGUGCCCACCCAACAGCAUCUGUACGAACUUGAUUGGCUCAUACAACUGCAGUUGUGCUGAUGGGCAUACACCCAAUACAGACGGGACUCGACUCAGCUGUUUACCCGUGCAAGGUUCUGACCCAAGUCCAACCCAACAGCCAGAUCCUGUCGGGCAGAAUCCAGGCAACGAACCAAACACAGGAGGAGGUACCACCAAACUCUCCACCACCAUUGUCAUCGUGCUGGUGGUCAUAGCCGUCCUGGUGGUGGUGGUCUUCAUUGUCACCGGUGUCAUUAUCUGUGUGCAUCGGAGGCAAGGAGGAGACUUGCCAAACAAUGAGAGCAAUCAAGGCUAUACAAAUACUGACUAUGGAUCUCCACAGCACAUCCAUGCCGGAAAGCCGCUGGGCAGCGCUAACUAUGCCAACACGGUGCACACAACGGGUCUGCCAUCUGCACCUCCUCUGCCGCUCGGCAGCAAGAACGGAUCGCUCGCGUCGGCAGUGAUAACGCCAGUGCUCGCCACGCCAGACAGCGCCAACAGCUCUGUGUUCUUCUUCGCCACCACCACUGGAGUCCAGGCCCAGCAGCUGACGCCCGUGCAGCAGCAACAGCUCAUGUACUAUCAGCAACACGCCAACCAGCUCCAACAACAGCAACACUCGGCGUCACGCCGCGGCAAAGACGUCGCCCCUUAUCAUACGUCCGAGGUGGUGUCCACCCUUUCUCGGCACAAUGACAAGGCAGAGCUGACACAAUCCUCGUCCAACUCUAACUCGUCUGGUGGAUCGGAUACCAACAGUGACCAACAGCAGCAGCAGCAGCAGCAACAACAGCAACAACAGCAACAACAGCAGCAACAGCAACAGCAACAACAGCAGCAACAGCAACAGCAACAACAGCAACAGCAGCAACAGGCACGAAGCGCAAGUCCAGUCGGUCAUCUCAUGAGAACACGACUCAGCAGUCACUACCUACUUCCACACGACCCUGUGCCGGAGGAAAAAGAAUUAGCAUCGCCAGCAAGCGCCACAAGCUCGGGCAGCAGGAGGAUUGCUGAUUACGACACUGUGGCAGUCUAGCAGCAUAACGUUAGGAUGAAGGUCACACUGAACCACUGCUGCCGUGCCAACAGCAGGACAAAAGACCACUCCUCCCAAAUACGAUCUGAAUCUGAACCAGUCAAACUUUGAAAGUGUGACCCUGAACAGUUUUUGUGUUGUUAACCGUCUGUAAGCUCAGUCUCAGUGCAACUUCAUAAGCUUGCAUGACGACGUAGGUUGCCAAUUGCCACAUCUCGAAAUUUUUCCUUUUCAAAGUUUAUAUGCGGCUACUCAGCCAUGUCCUGCCGCAGGAAUGCACCGA